AUGUACGAGCACAUGAGCAGCUCUGUGAAUCCGUGCCACAGCUUCGGCCGCUUCGUCUGCGACGGCUGGAAACUCAGCAGCGCCCUGUCGGUGCGUGCGCUCUACUACAGAAAUGCCCUGGAACUGCUCAUGCGCACGGCCAAGUCCACGGAGGUGCCUGUCAGCCACCAGAACGCUCCGCAACAGGCAGCAGCGCUGCUCGCCACCUGCGACCGCGUCAAGAAGGGCGAGCAGGACGAGAUCGAGGUCGUCAAGCGGUACCUCGCCGAGGCUGGAGUCCUGUGGCCCGAGCAGGCCGCCAAUCCGGAAGUGAUGAAUACUAUGCUCUAUCUGGACGUCGAGCUCAACUGGCCCGCGUUCCUGCACUUCCAACUGACGGCAGAUACGGGCCACGCAGUCGUCUUCAUCACGGUGGCGAGCUCGUUUUACAACAUUCACCACGCCAGCGCCCAGCUCACGAAAGACGGGCGACGGUCCUACUUCGACACACUGUACAAGCACUACACCGGCAGAUCCACCAGGGACGACGUCGCCUUCGGGGAAGUCCUGGAAGCCGACGUCGCCGUCGCUCCGCUCAACUACUUCCUGCGAAAGGGCCCGUACGUUUGGCUAAGAGACGAGGACUUGUUCCCGAGCGCCGCCGAUUGGCUUCUCGCGCUCUCACGGAGGUUCGGCAGGACUUUGCCGGCGGACGCACGCUUCCUCACCGACAACGAACGCUUCGUCACGCAACUCUUCGCCCUCUGGAGCAAGCUCGGGGAGCGCAUGAUGCACCGAUGCGUCUCGUGGCAUGCCGUGCAGUACGCCGCCCUCACCGCGAACAGCGAGCUGUUGCACAACAUGUACGGCAAGGACCUCAAAGAGCAUGGCCUCGAGUUUCGCAAGCUGUGCCUGGUCCUCAGCUACAGAAGCAUGGGAGACCUAGUCUUCGCAGGGUUCACCGACUCGUUUCCCCUUCCCCUCUUCCGCGAUGACACCAGGGCACUCGUGUACGCGGUGCGCCGCGGCUUCACCAAUCGUGUCACCGACAGGAAGCCGUUCUCGCGGAACGUGGACAUGGUGGCGCGCUGGUCCUCGGUGGAACCAGUCUUCGCUGUACUGGACCACAAACGUCACGUGGACUACCGGAAACCGGUGCCCGGUUUUCCCGACAUGAACACGACGCACUUCGUGCCCAACUGGCGUAUCAUGGCUCAGGCGUGGCGCUCGGGCGCUUCGGUGAAAGGCAAGUUGGACGUGCAGGACAUCCUCCGCUACGGCUUCUUCAGCAUCGACUGGAACAACGAAGACUUCGUUUUGUCGCCUUUCGCAUUGUCCUUCCCUCUGUAUGACGUGGAGCUCACACCGGCGCUCAAAUAUGGCGGGCUCGGUAGUCAAGUAGCGCUGGCGUCUUCUGUCGUCUUGCUCCACCACUACCAGCAGCACGCCCAUAACGACUGGGACAUGGCAACGUACCUUCAGUGUCAUUUCAGUGAAUCGCGCAACAAAUAUCAGUCUAUGUCUUUCAGGAACGCACGAGACUGCGUCAACAAGUCGCUGCAGGGCGUGGCACACUCCGUCGCCACGGUCGUCGCCGAGCUGGCCUCGCUCGAAGCCCUCGCUGAUGCCAUCGUAACCAACGGCAGCAACGAUUUAUCCGUGCUCCACGGUGGCCUGGAGCAGUACAGCGGGAUGCAGAUGUUCUUCGUCGCCUGGUGCUUCCUACGCUGCGGCGAACAGCGCAUCGUUGACGGCGAGAACGUGGAAGAAGACCCUUGCUCGCACGUGCUGCGGCACGUGCGCCGCUUUUCAGAGGCCUUCCAGUGUGCGCCCGGCACGUUUCUCAACCCCGAAGACAAGUGUGAAAUCUUUUGA